GCACUCUCUUCUUCGUAGUAGCCAGCCGAUAACCCCCUUAACCCUCGUUUCGGUCCUCCAAAGCGCCGCGGCGACAUCAGCUCGAGAUGGGUGAGGCAGUCAAGGUAGUGGUUCCAGAGUCUGUCCUCAAGAAGAGGAAGAGAGAGGAUGAAUGGGCCUUGGCCAAGAAGCAGGCCCUUGAAGCCGCCAAGAAGAAGAACGCUGCGAACAGGAAGCUUAUCUACAACAAAGCCAAGCAGUACACUAAGGAGUAUGCUGACAAGGACAACGAGUUGGUCUGUUUGAAGCGUGAGGCUAGGUUGAAAGGAGGUUUCUAUGUCGAACCUGAGUCUAAGCUCUUGUUUAUCAUCCGUAUCCGUGGUAUCAAUGCCAUUGACCCAAAGACAAAGAAGAUCUUGCAGCUUUUGCGUUUGAGACAGGUCUUCAAUGGUGUCUUUCUGAAAGUUAACAAGGCCACCUUGAACAUGCUUCACAGGGUUGAGCCAUAUGUCACUUAUGGAUACCCCAACUUGAAGAGUGUGAAGGAAUUGAUUUACAAGAGGGGUUAUGGCAAGUUGAACAAGCAGAGAAUCGCCUUGACUGAUAACUCUGUUGUUGAGCAGGGUUUGGGGAAGCAUGGAAUUAUCUGCACUGAGGAUCUUAUCCACGAGAUCUUGACAGUUGGACCUCAUUUCAAGGAGGCCAACAACUUCCUAUGGCCCUUUAAGCUGAAGGCUCCAUUGGGUGGUCUGAAGAAGAAGAGGAACCAUUAUGUUGAAGGUGGAGAUGCUGGAAACCGUGAAAACUACAUCAAUGAGCUCAUUAGGAGAAUGAACUAGGUCAGGGCUGUUCUUGAUCAAUCCAGUUUUUCAAGGGCUUUCUCUGUACUAGUCUAGAGUGAAGAAUCUUAGAAUUUUUAUCUAUGGAAUUGGAUGCCUUUUUAUCUUUAAGGUUGAAAGACAAUCAAAGACAUGUUAUGCCUUUUUAAUUCUACAAAGUUUUGCUUUCAUUUUAGUGUA